GGAGAGACGCACUGCCCCUCUGCCUCCCUCUGUGAGUGCGUGUGUGGGAGUGUUUCAGUCCCCGUGGGUGCGUGUUUCAGAUCUUCUGCCUGUUGCUCUGUGUCUCCAGUCUGUGUUUGUGAAGCCGUCGCGAUGAAGUCCCUCCUGUUCCCGGCUCUCUGGCUCUCUCUCUGCCUGACAGCUCUGGGACAGAAGCCCCGACCCUGCGAAUCUCCGGCUCUCCUGGAAGGAAGAAUCUUCUCUGCCGCUCCCAGCAAGCACGUGGAGGUGUUGGGUCUCUUCUCCUACGAUGGGUACCUGCACAGGUUCCACAUCACCGAGGAAAUCAUCACCAGAAACCAGACGCUGUUCGUGAACUAUAUCAUGCUUUUCAAAGAGUCUCUCCUGUAUAAGAUCUCGUUCCACAAUAAGACUUGUGAGCGUCUGCCCCUGAGCGUCCCGUUCAGGCCCCUCGAGGUCCCGCAGGACGCCUCAUUCGGGGGUCAGCUGAUCAUCGGGGGCUCCUCCAAGCCGGGCGAGGGGCUGCUGGUCAAUCUGUGGAAAGGAACAGACCCCCAAACCAAAGGUCGCUACAUGAUGACAUUCACAGAGUUCGGCUGCCUCCCGAUUCAGCAGAACUACUUCAGCAAAGAGACCGGAGGCGUGUUCACAUCUUUCUAUGACAUGACGACUGGAAUCCGGGACCCCAAUGUGUUCAUCCCCCCGCCGUUCUGUGGCUGAAAACCCGCCGAACCCCAACCUCGCAAAGGGGGAACCCCUCAAUGAUACCCCCCCCACGCCCCUCAAUCACAAACUCUCUGAUCAGCUGCAUCCGAUUUCUAAAAAUGUUUCUGAUUUUUUAAAAAUGUGUUUGAUUUCUAAAAAUGUUUCUGAUUUCUAAAAAUGUGUCUGAUUUCUAAAAAUGUGUCUGAUUUCUAAAAA